CUCCAGAACUAAUGAUCGAUUCCACGUGAUUUUAUUUACAUGGAACUGUAUCAUGUGACAUAGGCUAUCUUCACGUCUUCGUUGAUAUAAAAUAGAAGUUAUUGGAUAGUUUCAAUCAGAUAGUUUUAUAUUAGAACAAUGAAUUAAUAGAAUACAAUAUAUCACACAAUGGAGGUAGUUGUUUAUAAUAGUUCUGAAGUCAACGGGACAUAUAAUAUAACUGACCAAGGUGGACAGGAUUACAGCGAUUAUCCAUAUUUGGGAGAACUUAAACAAGUUCCAGAAUGGGAAAUUAUUGUAAAAUCCUUACUUUUUGCAGUUAUUAUAUAUUUUUCACUGGUAGGAAAUUUUCUGAUAAUUGUCGUUGUAUUACGGAACCGGUCCAUGAGAACAACGACCAAUUACUACAUUGUAAAUUUGGCUGUGGCCGAUCUUCUCGUGACCGUCUGCUGUAUGUGGGUAUCGCUUGUUGAUGACGUAUCUGAAGGAUGGGUACUUGGAGCAUUUUUCUGCAAGAUCAACACUUUCACACAAGUAUUGUCCGUUGUGGCCAGUGUGUUGUCCUUGACAUUAAUAGCCUAUGACCGUUUCUUUGGUAUAGUAUUUGCAUUGAAAGCUCAUAUGACUGACAGGAGGGCACGAACGUCAUUGAUUCUUAUUUGGUUAUCCUCUGCAUUGAUUGCUUGUCCAACUUUAAUCUACAGACAACUUAAAAUACGGGUUUGGAAAGAUCAUACGGAACGCUGGUGUGACGAUGACUGGCCGGUAUCUAUUGGCUCUGACAACAAUGUAACAACACAUUCUAUACCAUCACGGACUGCAUACUAUGUCACAGUAUCUGUUGUUUUGUACUUUAUACCGAUGAUUGUAAUGACACUCGCAUAUUCUCGUAUUAUAAUGAAAUUAUGGAUGAGUGCGAUACCAGUGGCAAAAAUGGAUAAAAGAGUUGAAGCCCAAGCCAGGGCAAGAAAGAAGGUUAUUGUCAUGUUAGUUGCGAUACUUGUUGUCUUUGCUGUUUGUUGGUUACCAUUUCAAAUAAUAUUACUAUACAGUGAACUACGUUCAAAUAGGGAAGCGCUCGGUGAUUGGUACUAUGACCUGACUUUUGCAGCACGUCUAAUGGCGUACUCCAAUAGUGCCUUGAAUCCACUAAUAUAUACAGGAUUUAACGAGAACUUUAGAAGAGGUAUCCAGCGAGUUUGGCAUUGUGUUUCAUGUAAAGAAAAGACUAAUAUAUACAAUAAUGGCUACUCGUAUGGACAUUCAUAUGGAUCACACGACGCCACGAUGCCAACGUCACUUUAAAGCCAUUUCUAGCUUGUAGAUAUUAUAUGUUGAUAGAAAGAAAUGAAAAAUCAAAAAGAAGAGUUUUAAUGGCAUCAGAAUUUCAUAUAUUUAACAGACAAGCUGUAGAUAUCAGUUCGAUUAAAAUAGCUGUCCAUAUUAAUACGAUCCAAAUACAUUUGUAUUUGUUGAUAUCUAAGAUUAAACGUCAACAGUUGUGUGCAUUCAUUUUCAACUUUAAAAGUUUGGAUAUCCUUGUUAAGAGAUGGACAGAUAGUGAAUUUGAUACAAUAAACAGGGUUGAUUAAUGAAACUUGGUGCUUUAAGCAAAUCAUUAUUUGUUUUAUAAGAGCCAAUCAAUGAUCAUGAUAUGUUGACUUCUAAGUAGAAAAAAAUAUAAUUGGUUGUGCUAUAUAAGGUUUGCCACACAUGCAUUCAUGUAUGACUUCUAUGUAUAACACUCUAUAAAACGUAACUGUAAGAUACAUUAGAAAGUGUAAAACAUACAAACUGAUGUGAUUACACAAGAAACGGGAAUGCAGUUGGUAAAAUAUGAGGAUAAAAAAUGUUCGAUGUUUCAGUACAUGGUCUCAAGUGCGAGGUAAAAAAUUAAGGUUUUGUACUGACAUAUAGUUCACUUUAAUUGUAGAUAAAUACAUUAUUGUAAAUAAACAAGAUUAAGAGAAUACUUGCAUCGCUCAUGUACAAAGGAACCUAUUUUGUUGUUGUGUCCAGUACUUUACCUACUCUGUACACACAAAAAACAAGCAUUGUAUUGUAGGGGUUAUUUAAUUGGGAAAUAUGACUUGUUAAUCACCAAAACAGUCACAUUUAUAACGUGAAGAAUAAGACAAUGAAAAACAAUCGUUACGUUAUAAGGAACUAUAACAUUAUGUAAUGUAAUUAAACUUUAUUUGUUUAUUGAGAAAUCGUAUCAAAAAUAAUUAUUUAGUUAUUAAUGGC